AUGGCUUCAAGACCCGAAUUAAAGCUCGACGACGAGGGCGGCUUCAUUCGUUUCUACAAGUCACUUCCCGAUGUAGGGGAGGACACUAUCAGAAUAUUUGACCGGGGCGACUGGUAUACUGCGCAUGGUGACAAUGCCUCGUUCAUCGCGAAGACGGUUUACAAAACGACAUCCGUUCUCCGCCAACUCGGGCGAAACGACCACACCGGGCUCCCAUCCGUAACAAUGACCGUUACCGUGUUUCGUCAGUUUCUCAGAGAAGCUUUGUUCAAGCUGGGCAAGCGCAUUGAAAUCUGGGAGAGCCCGAGUGGCCGGAUGAACUGGAAAUGCGUCAAACAAGCUUCCCCCGGCAAUCUGCAAGACAUCGAGGAUGACCUGGGCGGUCAAAUCGAAUCGGCGCCCAUGAUCAUAGCAGUCAAGAUUUCAGCGAAAGCUUCCGAGGCAAGGAAUGUCGGCGUGUGUUUUGCAGAUGCCAGUGUGAGAGAACUUGGCGUCAGCGAGUUCCUAGACAACGAUCUCUACUCCAACUUUGAGUCCUUACUCAUUCAACUGGGUGUUCGGGAAUGUCUCAUCCAGCUCGAUAAAGGCGACAAGGAUAAGGACCCCGAAUUAGCUAAACUCAGACAAAUCAUUGACAACUGCGGAGUCGCUAUUGCAGAACGUCCUGCGGGGGAUUUUGGUACACGAGAUAUCGAGCAGGACCUCGCUCGUUUGCUAAAGGACGAUAAGUCGGUGAAUCUCCUCCCCCAGACUGAUCUGAAGCUUGCAAUGGGGUCCGCUGCCUCAUUAAUCAAAUAUCUCGGAGUUCUGCAAGACCCUUCAAACUUUGGGCAGUAUCACCUCUAUCAGCACGACCUUGCACAGUUUAUGAAGCUGGAUGCAGCGGCUUUGAAAGCCCUUAAUUUGAUGCCUGGUCCACGGGACGGGUCAAAGACUAUGAGCAUUUACGGCGUCCUCAAUCAUUGCAAGACGCCAGUGGGCAGCCGCUUGCUCGCUCAAUGGUUGAAGCAGCCCCUGAUGGACAAGGACGAGAUUGAGAAGCGCCAACAGCUAGUGGAGGCAUUCUUCACCGACACUGAGCUGAGACAAACGAUGCAGGAAGAACAUCUUCGCUCCGUGCCGGACCUCUAUCGCCUAUCAAAGAGGUUUCAGCGAGGCAAGGCAAACUUGGAAGAUGUCGUUCGUGCGUACCAGGUUGUGAUUCGACUUCCUGGAUUCAUUGGCACUUUUGAAGGGGUCAUGGAUGAGGCUUAUCGAGAUCCUCUUGAUAUAGCCUACACGACCAAGUUGCGCGAGCUUUCUGAUAAUCUCGGCAAAUUGCAAGACAUGGUGGAACAGACAGUUGAUCUGGAUGCCCUCGACAGGCAUGAAUACAUUAUCAAAUCCGAGUACGAUCAGGGCCUGCAAACUAUUCGCAAGAAGCUCAAUCAGCUCGACCGCGACAUCCGAGCAGAAUUUCACGAGGCUGCGCGGGACCUAGGUCAGGAAGCAGACAAGAAGAUAUUCCUAGAGACUAGCCACAAGGUACAUGGAGUUUGCAUGCGAUUGACCAGGCAAGAAGCCGGCUGUAUUCGAAACAAGUCAAGUUAUCAAGAAUGCUCUACACAAAAGAACGGCGUCUACUUCACCACAAAAAAGAUGCAGUCUUACCGACGGGAGUACGAUCAGCUAUCGCAGAAUUACAACAGAACCCAGAGCAGUCUGGUCAACGAGGUUGUCAAUGUUGCAUCGUCAUACUGCCCCGUUCUCGAGCGCCUUGCCGGAGUCCUGGCUCACCUUGAUGUGAUUGUUUCGCUCGCCCAUUGCUCCGUCCAUGCCCCAGAGGCAUAUGUCCGGCCCAAGAUUCACACCCGAGGUGAAGGCCAAACCCGGUUAAUCGGUGCCCGCCAUCCCUGCAUGGAGCUGCAGGAUGAUGUACAAUUCAUCACCAACGACCUCGAGUUUACCAGAGACAAGUCGUCCUUCUUGAUCAUCACUGGCCCCAACAUGGGCGGCAAAUCUACCUACAUCCGCCAGGCUGGUGUCAUUGCGCUCAUGGCCCAGAUUGGCUGCUUUGUACCUUGCGCCGAGGCAGAGCUCACCAUCUUUGAUUCCAUUCUCGCUCGCGUUGGCGCCAGUGACUCACAGCUAAAGGGUGUCUCUACAUUCAUGGCCGAGAUGCUAGAAACGGCAAAUAUUCUAAAAUCCGCCACAAAGGAGUCCUUGAUCAUUAUUGAUGAGCUUGGACGAGGCACAUCGACAUACGACGGCUUUGGGCUGGCGUGGGCCAUUUCAGAACACAUUGUCAAGGAAAUCGGCUGCUUUGCCAUGUUUGCAACUCACUUCCAUGAACUGACGGCCCUGGCAGAUCAAUAUCCCCAGGUGCGCAACCUCCACGUCACGGCACACAUUAGCGGCACAGGCAAGGACAAUAGCAAGCGCGAAGUCACGCUGUUGUACAAGGUAGAGCCCGGUAUCUGCGACCAGAGUUUCGGUAUUCACGUCGCGGAGUUGGUUCGCUUUCCGGACAAGGUGGUCCGGAUGGCGAAGCGUAAGGCCGAUGAGCUGGAAGACUUUACAACAAAGCAUGAGGACAAUGCACUGGCUUACAGCAAGGAAGAUGUUGAAGAGGGCAGCGCAAUGCUCAAGCAGCUAUUGAUACAGUGGAAGGAGCAGGUCGGCAAGGGAGAGAUGAGCCAGGAAGAGAAGGUCUCUAAGCUGAAGGAGCUUGUGGCUGCUGAUUCGAAGCUACUGGCGAACCCGUUCUUUCAAUCCGUUAAGGCUCUGUAA